CGGAAGACGGAAGAAGAUUCUGGAAGUAGCUGGAGACUCAGACACAUUAUAUAGUAUACAGGGUCAGGUGGGGAGAAGUAGAAGAACAGAAUUACUGUGUGGAGAGAGGCAGCUCCCUGCUAGUGGCUGUAGAAGGCAGACAUUGCUGUAACCGCCAUCUGUACCACACACCAGAUUACUCGUUAACAUGGCAGAUGGAGGGCAUGAAGGUAGAAGGCAGCACCCGCAAAAUCUCCAGGGUCUGCUUCACAUGGCCAUAGAGGCUGGAACAGAAUCCGGUGUCACAAACCAAGUGGAGUCGAUGUCAGAAGAGCGGAGACAAUGGCUUCAGGAAGCAAUGAGCAAAGCUUUUGCGGGUCAAGCAGAUGAGGUUCAGCAGAUGAAGGAUUGUAUUCAGGAGCUGACCAGCGAAACAGUCGGCGAGGAUGGAGAUGAGCGCAAAGAGCAAGCGUUGGAGCUACUGGCAGACCUGUGUGAAAACCUCGACAAUGCCGCAGAUUUCUGCAAGCUGGGAGGCAUGCACUUGCUGUUGAGUCGCUAUCUGAAUUGCCCAGAAGCCGAGCUCCGCUGGAGAGCUGCGGAUCUAAUCGGCAUUUGCAGUCAGAAUGUACCGUUUGUCCAGGAGACUGCGCUGAGCCUCGGAGCGGUCGAUAAACUCUUACAGCUGUUGGACCUUGACAAAAACGAAGUGGUCAGGGUAAAGGCGCUGUUUGCGAUUUCUUGCUUGGUGCGGGAACAAGACGCGGGCCUGCAGGAGUUUCUGAAGAUGGAUGGUUUCUCCGUGUUGAUGCGUGCCAUGCAAAGCGAUGUAUUGAAGCUGAAAGUAAAGUCUGCUUUCUUAUUGCAGAACUUACUGCUGAGCCAUCCAGAGCAGAAAGACACUUUAUGCUCCAUGGGAAUGAUACAGCAGCUGGUUUCCUUGCUUCGGACGGAGCACAGCCCUUUCCACGAACAUGUCUUAAGUGCCCUCUGCAGCCUGGUGACAGAUUACCCACGGGGUGUGACGGAAUGCCGGAUUCCAGAGCUGGCUCUUGAGGAGUUUCUUAAAGAGAGAUGUCAGAUGGUACAGAAGCAGGAAGAGUUUCAGGAAGAGCUAGAACAUUGUGAGCGUCUCUUAAAGAUCUGUUUCCAGAAUGUUCCAGAAGACCAUAAUAUGGACCGAUGAAGAAACAACACAAUUCUCAGAACAGCUUUCCUCACGAUGAGGCAAAAUUGCAAAGUUAACGAGGGGAUGCCGUUUGUGAGAUGAUGAAAUGUGGCUCACCUUAGAUUCGUGGAAUCUCUUGUUUCAGAUAUUUUUUUUAAUAAAUAUAUGUAUUUAUCAAAUGCACUUGACUUUUUUUUUUUUUACCUGUUUACAGUUUUCUGCAAUAGUAAAAUAAAACUUUUGGUCUGGUGAUUUA